CCGCCGCCCGCCUUCCUCCGCCUCCUCCUCCUCACCUUCGGCGGGCGCCGCGCCGGGUGACCCAGAUCGCGGUGGCGGCGGCAGCUCCGUGUCCCUCCCGGCGAGAAAGGACGGUCGGGACGGCGGCUGCGCUGCGCCGCGGGGAUGGAGCGGCGCGGAGCGCACUAAUAUCACAUGUGAAGAAGAGGUCACCAGUGAUUGAUAUAUUACGGCUCUAGCAGCACAAACCAAACCAUCACCAUGAAACACUUCCUGAGGAUGUUUGUCCAGGUAUGCCUGUACUUCUACUGCAAAUGCUUGUGGCGCUGCCUGAAAUUCGUGGUCAGGAAACUAACAGGUCAAUGUGAAUUGCAAAGGAUCUGUUACAAUACCAAACCUGGAGCUUCCAGAACAAUGAAAAUAGAGGCAUCCCUGAAAGGUUCAAAAAGUAAGCGGCUGCAAACAUCAGUAAAUGUUCAUCCUGAUGCUAUUGAAAAAACAAUAGAUGACAUCAUGGAGCUGAAAAGGAUUAAUCCAGAUAUAAAUCCACAGCUGGGGGUAUCUCUUCAGGCAUGCCUGCUGCAGAUCGUGGGGUACAGAAAUCUCAUUGCAGAGGUGGAGAAGCUGCGCCGGGAGCCGUACGAUUCAGAGAAUCCACAGCACGAGGAAAUGCUGCUGAAGUUGUGGAAAUGCUUGAAGCCAAAUUCACCACUGAAAGCUCGGAUUUCGAAGCAAUGGUGCGAAAUUGGUUUCCAGGGUGACGAUCCUAAAACAGAUUUCAGAGGAAUGGGUCUCCUGGGCUUAUAUAACUUGGUGUAUUUUGCUGAAUGGGACACUGAGAUUGCUCAGCAAGUUCUCACUGAUUCUCUUCACCCUAAAUACAGGGAAGUCACUAAGAAGGAACUAAGCCAACUUAGCAAAGCUGAAUGGGAGAAGAAAAAGUUUGAUAAGGCAAUUGGCUACUCUUUUGCUAUCGUGGGCAUUAACAUAACAGACCUUGCAUACAACCUGCUGGUGAGUGGGGCUCUGAAGACCCAUUUCUACAACGUUGCUCCAGAAGCACCGACGCUCACUCACUUUCAGCAGACGUUCUGCUACUUAAUGCAUGAAUUCCACAAAUUCUGGAUUGACGAGGAUCCUCUGGACAUAAUGGAAUUCAAUCGCGUUAGAGAGAAAUUUUACAAGCGGAUCUUGAGACAGCUCCAGAACCCCGAGAUGGCUCUGUGUCCUCAUUUUGCUGCAUCAGAAAGUUUAAUCAAUAUGUAGUUACUCAGUUGAUUUUGUUUGGAAGCACUGUCUCACUCUUGGUUUAGAUCACUGUUAGACCAUCACUAGCAUACUGAAUGACCAUGGCAAUCGUGUGCAUGUUUUUGGCGCAGUGCUCAUCUAUUUUUGUCACAUGAUCCCCUUAUGCUUCUCUUGCUGGGGAUUCUUCAUUUUAAAUGGGUGCUCAUAUUGCCUCAUUAUGCAGUGUUACCUUCUGAAUUGAUGUCCAGAUAUCAGAGUUUUUCUAUUUUUUUAGAUUUUCCUCAUAAUUCAGCAUUGACGAUUGAAUUGUAUUUCUCUAGCAGUGUUUUUGUAUAUGUGGAAUAAGUAGCUGGAUCUUGUAUUGUGAAAGCUUUUUAACUUCUUGGUAUGUUUUAAGAUAACUACUGGCAUUUCAAGCAAAAUACAUGUUUGGACCUCAUCUAGAAGAUAAUGUAAUUUAAUCUAAUGCAGACAAACACAUUGAAGUCCAAUUUUCUCCAUGCAACCAUUAUACGCUUAAUGCAAAAUUAAUGAGGCUUAUGAGAUACAAGUUUCAGUGAGAAGAGUUUAUGCAGAAUUACGAUUAAGUGCAUGAAUACCAAAUGGUCUGGUGAUGCUAACACAGUGAACUGUGAACACAUUCACAACUAACAGAUACUGGCAGGGGCCAAAAAUUGUAACAUCAGGCUGUUGUCACCAACACCACCAUGCUGAAGCGUGGUCUAGAUUCUUGCACAUUCCUUUGGAUAUACAGAGGUUAGUGUUUUGUGUCACACGUUGGAAGGCAACAUGAUUUGGUCACGUGGUGCUUGGUGAAUUCAGGGAAGCAAAAAUAUGUAUCUUUUCUUUGAACUACUGAAAAUGUUGCUUUGGUUAAUUCCGUUCCUAAGAGCUGGGAGAAAUAAUUGAUUAAAAGGUUUAGAGCAAAACUGCUUGUGUUUCCCAGACUACGUAUUAAAAAAAAUUUAAAAUGGCAAACUGCCUUUUUUCUAAAACCAUGAAUGAAUAAAAGUGUUUGACACUAAGAUUGUGUAGUAUACUGAACAACAUCUACCAUGGCAUUUCAUACCCAUGGUAUUUUUUACCUUCUAAGCAAUCAAUUUUAGUAUUAUAUGUUUGUGUAAAUCACUUGCAUAUGGAGAUUAAAUUGAGUAGUGUCCAACUACUUGUGAAUUAUAUGAAUAAAUUAUACAUCAUUCUAAACUGAAGCACUGUGGCUUUUAUUUUUGAGAUAUGCAGUAAUAUAGAGGGAAAAUGUUUUAUUUAAUGGAUUUAUUUAAAACGGGUUGUAACAACUCUGUGGUAUUCCCAAGGCUGAAGUGUGCUCACAACUUCUUCAGAUAAGGUGCUUUAUAUCAUAUUAGUUACUGCUUGGGCCAUCACUUUAUUUAACAAAAAUAAAAAUAAGGAAAUGGGAGUACCUCAACUUCCUAGGAAGCCCCUUGGGUUUAAGUUGUCUCAUUUCUUUGCUAAAAUGUAAGCUGGAGGUCAGGACUAUUCUACACGGCUGGAAACUUGCACUCAUGGAGUUUAACAGCAGAAUUUUAUGGUAUUGCAAUAAUUAGUCUUCUCCAAUGAAC